AUGAAUCUCACUCGGCCUUUUUGUGGAAUUAUUGUAAUUCUCUUUGCCAUGUUUGGCAUAAAUUCAACGUCUGCAACAAAAAACUACAAUGUGUUAAACUUUGGGGCUAAGCCAAAUGGGAAAACAGACUCCACCAAGGCUUUCCUCAUGGCAUGGCAAGCAGCCUGUGGCUCGUCAGACUCUACCAUGAUAUAUGUACCAAAAGGGCGGUAUUUGCUCGGUUCUAUGGCAUUCCGAGGUAUCUGCAAAAGCCCUCGAAUCACUUUCAGAAUUGAUGGCACCCUUGUCGCCCCUCUAGAUUAUCGAGUACUCGGCAAAAGUACCGACUGGAUCAGCUUCCAAGGAGUCAUUGGCGUUUCCAUCGUUGGUGGUGCACUUGAUGCCAAAGGAUCAUCUCUCUGGGCUUGCAAACAUUCCCACACCAACUGUCCCGCCGGAGCCACGACAUUAAGCUUUACCAACUCCAAAAACAUCAGCAUCCGUAGAUUAUUAUCCUUAAAUAGCCAAAUGUUCCACAUCGUGAUCAAUGGAUGCGAAAACGUGAACAUCCAAGGGGUUAAGAUCAUGGCCGCUGGUAAUAGCCCCAACACAGAUGGCAUCCAUGUGCAGUUAUCCAAAAAUAUAAACAUCAUAAAAUGCUCCAUUAAAACGGGAGAUGAUUGCAUCUCCAUUGGCCCUGGUACCAAGAAUUUAUGGAUCGAACAAAUCACUUGCGGUCCUGGUCAUGGAAUUAGCAUUGGCAGCUUAGGAAAAGACUUGAAUGAGGAAGGGGUCCAGAAUGUUACAGUGAAAAAGACAAUUUUUUUGGGCACUGAAAAUGGGCUGAGGAUCAAGUCAUGGGCUAGGCCUAGUACAGGAUUCAUUCAAAGGGUUCGGUUUAUGGAUUCUUUGAUGGUAAAUGUACAAAAUCCCAUCGUAAUUGAUCAGAAUUAUUCUCCUCACAAUCUAAAUUGUCUUAACCAGAUAUCUGGAAUAAAAGUUGAUGAUAUCGUAUACCAAGGUAUUCGAGGAACAUCAUCGACCCCAGUGGCUAUCAAAUUUGAUUGUAGUCCCAAGAAUCCAUGCACCGGAGUAAGAUUACAAAAUGUCAAUUUGACAUAUUUGAAGAAAGCAUCUCAAUCAUCUUGUAUCAAUGUUCGUGGGAAAGCAUUUGAGUUAGUUCGACCUGAAAGUUGCUUAUAG